AAGGUACCAUAAGGAAAAGUCUAUCAAUGGUGAAAACAACAACAACAACCAGUCCUAUAUUCUAUUCACAAAACAUCUGUGAAGGAACGCGUAACAUUUUGAUCCAAUAGCAGUUUUGCAACAUGACAUGAUAAUUUAAUUAGUAGUAUCAUCUCCAGUUGAGUGUAGCUAUAAAAUAAGUGAAAUAAAAUAUAGCCAAAAGCAUGCUCAAACCUUCAAUACCGGGAGGGUGAUACGAGGAACUUAUAAGAGUUGCCAUUUUCCAAUUAUACCAUAUUGGAGUGGCGGAGAAUAUAACUAGCAGUGAUGGUUGACGUUGAGUGAUAGUUUCUUUGUCUGCAAAAACACUCGUAUUCUUGGAGAAGACAUAGCUGGAAGAAUGUGGGGGGCAUGGAGGAAGGAAUUCUUGGAUGUAAUUCUGGUACCUGCGAGUUUAUUCAUUUUGUUCGGGUACCAUCUCUUCCUUCUGUAUAGGUACCUCAGAUAUCCAAGCACCACAACCAUCGGAUAUGAGAAUCACAACAGAAGAGUUUGGGUUGAAAGAAUGAUGGAGAUUGAUGCCAAAGACAGGCCGGCAUUAUCAGUGAUUGCCAACACCAUGUCAGCAGCAUCUGCGCUGUCUUCAAUUUCUCUAGUGCUGAGCUCUUUAAUUGGAGCAUGGCUGGGGAGUUCUAACAGGACAGUCUUUACGAGCAACCUUAUAUAUGGAGCCACAAGUCCUUCAGUUAUUUCUAUCAAGUAUGUGGCUUUACUUGUCUGCUUCCUGGUGGCCUUUGGCUCAUUUGUACAAACUUCAAGGUGCUUGGUUAAUGCUAGUUUUCUCAUGACCAUGCCAAACGCGGAUGUUCCUAUGAGCUACAUUGAAAAGGAAAUGAUAACAGGAAGUAUUUUCUACGAAUUUGGCAUGAGGGUGCUCUAUUUAGCCACCACUUUUCUGCUGUGGGUCUUUGGUCCAAUUCCAAUGUUUGUUUCCUCUGUCACCAUGGUGGGAUUGUUGCUUAGGCUGGACGCAAAUACAACAGUUUUGUAUCACUAUCCACGGAUUGGUCAGGACGUGUCUAAAGUCACCAAAGCUGUUGAGCAUCAUGAAAGACGACCACAAGGAAGGAAGUAGACAGUCAGUCGGGUGAUUCCCAGUUGGAUAUAUGGUUCCUGACUGAAAGCUUAGUCAACUACAGACGAUGCAGAAUCUCUCAAACGCAAUCAACUCUUCAGUCCUAUACAACAAUAUUACCUAGAGUAAUCACGACCUCUCCUUUUUCUUGCUGAAUUUACCAAAAAAAUUUACAUUGUAACUCACAAUUGUACACAGUUUUUAUCAAAGAUUUUUUUACCUUUACAAA